AUGCAUGCAAACAAUGGAAUAUUAAAGCAGUGGUCACAGGGCCAGGGCACUAGUCUGUUGGGACGGGACUGGUUUGAUGCCCUAGGAAUAUCAGUUGAAGGGGUACACAGGGUACAGCUGCAGUCUAUAGAGGAAAUACUGACUGAAUAUUCAGAGGUUUUUCAGGACACUGGGGUUUGCCGAACCCCCCCGAUCUCUAUUGACAUUGAUUCCACAGUUACUCCACGUUUCUUCAAAGCCCGGUCAGUUCCUUUUGCUUUACGGCCACAGCUUGACGAGGAGUUGGACAAAUUGGUGGCUCAAGGAAUUUUUGAACCUGUUCGACAUGCAAAGUGGGCCACACCUAUAGUGGCUGUAGCAAAAAAAGAUGGGGGCCUGAGGAUUUGCGGUGAUUACCGCUGUACUGUGAAUACAGCUGUUAAACCUGACGUGUACCCUAUACCCACAGCAUCUGGACUGUUCUCGAAGCUAGCUGGAGGAGUAGUUUUCACUAAACUUAAUUUGAAACAAGCUUAUCUGCAGCUUCUAUUGGAUGAUGACGCAGCGGACUUAUUGACUAUUAACACUCACCGUGGGCUUUUCUGGGCUCAACGGUUGCAAUUUGGGGUGUCAACGGCCGUUUCAAUAUUUCAAAGAUUUAUGGACACCUUGCUCGCAGGAAUUCCAGGAGUCCAGCCAUACCUGGAUGACAUCCUGAUUUCAGGCAAAACCAUAGAAGAACACAACGCACGGCUACGGGCCGUACUGAAAUGCUUUGCUGAAGCUGGGUUACGUCUAAAAAAAGAGAAAAGCAUUUUUGCAGUUACUCAAGUGGAGUUUUUGGGAUUUAGAGAGGAUAAGGUUGGCAUCAAACCAACCCGUGAAAAAGUGGAAGCUAUCCAAAAAGCUCCGCUCCCACGGAACAAAACAGAACUUCAGGCAUUCUUGGGGCUGCUUAACUUUUACAGCUGUUUUCUUCCCAACAAGGUCACCAUCCUGGAACCCCUGCAUCACCUUCUAGACCAGUCUGCUACUUGGCAGUGGGGAGCGAAGCGCAAGAUGGUAUAUGCCCAGGCGAAACAGUUGCUGCAAACGGAUAAAGUGCUGGUGCAUUAUGAUGAAAAGAAACCCCUGGCAGUGGUUUGCGACACCUCACCCUAUGGACUUGGGGCUUUAUUGUUCCACAUGGAACGUGAUGGCCAGGAGAGGCCCCUUUGCUUUGCUUCCAGAACAAUGACCACCACUGAGCGGAAUUAUGCCCAAAUUGAUAAGAAAGCAUUGGCGGUUGUUUUUGCUGUCAGAAAGUUUCACCAGUAUCUCGCAGGCCGCCAUUUCAUGAUUUUUACGGACCACAAACCUAUGCUGGGACUCUUACACCAUUCCAAGCCAAUGCCUGCCAUCUUUUCACCACGGAUGCUACGUUGGAGUUUGAUUAUUGGAGCUUACGACUAUGAGCUGUGCUACAGACCAGGCAAACACAUGGGCAAUGCUGACGCCCUGAGUCGCAUACCCUUGCUGGCAUCUGAUGCUGUUAUGCCAACACCCUUGGAAGUAUUGCUUCUGGAAAUGGUGCCAGAUGCACCCAUGCAUGCUGAACGAAUCGCUAACCUUACGCUUAAGGAUCCUGUCAUGUCACGAGUACUGCACUGGGUGCUGCAUGGGUGGCCGGCCGAUGUAAUGGAUAGCCGGUUCAGACCCUUCUUUUCACGCCACCAUGAACUCUCUGCACAUAAGAACUGUUUGCUAUGGGGAAGCCGUGUGGUUGUUCCUUGCUUGGCAAGGAGAGAAGUACUUGCUAUGUUACAUGACGCACACCCAGGCAUUGUACACAUGAAGGGACUCGCAAGGAGUUAUGUGUGGUGGCCGGGCAUGGACAGAGAGGUAGAGGAAACUGUCAAGGAAUGCAAAACCUGUCAGAAGUCACGUCAUGCACCUCCUAAGGCGAAAGUGCACCCUUGGGAGUGGAUGACAAAAAGAUGGUCCCGGCUGCAUAUUGACUUUGCAGGCCCUUUUCAGGGCAAUAUAUUCCUCAUAGUGGUUGAUGCACAUAGCAAGUGGCUGGAGGUGUCUCUGAUGAGUUCCAUGUCAUCAUCAGCAGUCAUUAACACUCUGAGACUACAUUUUGCAACACAUGGUUUUCCCGAUGUCAUAGUCUCAGACAAUGGUGCUUCUUUCACCGCUGCAGAGUUCCAAGAGUUUGCCGAGCACAACGGCAUUCGGCAUGUCACUACAGCACCUUAUCACCCGAGCUCAAAUGGUCAAGCUGAACGCAUGGUGCAGACAACCAAAGAGGCCCUGUCUCGCAUCACCAAGGGUGAGUGGCAGACCCGGCUCGCCCGUUUCUUGUUGUCACAACACGUCACACCCAAUUCGUCAACUGGAAAAAGUCCUGCUGAGUUGCUCAUGAAUCAACGACUGACCACUGCCCUGGAUCGUCUGCAUCCUGACCAUGAAGGUGAUAUGCUCUGCAGACAGGAGCUGAAUGCUGAAAAAUGCCCUGGCACAGUCAGAGAGUUUAAACCGAAUGACUUGGUGUACAUGAGAAGUUACACCAGAGAUUCUAAAUGGAUGCCUGGAAUCAUCGUGGAUGUCACAGGCCCCUUGUCAUACAAGGUCAGGACUGGUGAUGGGCAUAUGCACAGACGACAUGUUGAUCAGCUGCUGGACAGGGCGGCACCCUCGACCAACCCACCAAGACUGAGCCAGAUGGCUACACUGUCCCUCCGUCUAUGCCCGCAGUGGCUGAAAUGUUUGAGUUACAGCCACCCUCAGUAG